UUUACACAGUCGUUCUCCCCCAAAUCCACAGGCGCGCGCGCACACACUUGGGAGGGGGGUCAGGUCCUCUGUCUGCACCGGCAGACACAGGCACUGACACAAGCAGGCCGGGGAAGCGUGACCCCGCGGUCCUGUGUCCCCACGCAGGUGCCCAGAGCGCGCCUCGUGCGCGGUUGCCGAAGCGAUCGCGAGCACAGACACACCGGCCACCCUCCAGUCUACCGGCUGCAGCCCAUCUCCAUGACAACAGGCAUGGAAGGUCAAGCGCUGAUGCCAGCAGGAAUUCUGAAGAGCCACAAGCAUGUACCCGUGAAUGAUGAGUAGUACCUACUGUGGCAAUUCCUCAGCUAAGAUGAGCGUCAACGAAGUCUCCGCUUUCUCACUGACUCUGGAGCAAAAAACUGGCUUUGCUUUCGUUGGGAUUUUAUGUAUCUUUUUGGGACUUCUUAUUAUCAGAUGCUUCAAAAUUCUGCUAGACCCAUAUAGUAGCAUGCCUUCCUCUACAUGGGAAGAUGAAGUUGAAGAGUUUGACAAAGGGACCUUUGAAUACGCACUUGCGUGAGAGUUCCAGCUUUACGCUUGUUAUGGUGAUGCCCGUGGGACAUGUAGGGGUUAUUUUUGUGAUUACUUUGGGUAUGCUGGAAAGGGACUCAUUUCAUUCACCCAAUUCAAUA